CGCCAGCACAAGCACCAGCACCACCUGACUGACAUUGGUAACCAACCACUAACCAGUCUUAAUUUCAAGUUAAUACGGUACAGUUCUUAACGGAUAAAUCAGACUUCUUCGGCAAAAGAUAAUAUUUCGGAUAAAAAUACGUAAAACAAAAGUGCGGUUGUUUUAAGGUUUUGAAAGUGUGUAAAUACAGCUGUCAUAAAACAAAUAAAACUGUCAAAAGUGUAAAAACGUUCUGAAUAACAAAGAUUUAGGUGUCUACUGUCAACUAGAAAAUACAUGAUGCUCUCAAAUCGAGAUCUCUCAAAAACGAUGACAAGAAAUGUCUGGCUUUUGAUGGUGAUUAUAACAGUAGUUUUCAUAACAGUUACAAGUGGGGCAAAGAAUCAAACCAAACUUAAAAACUCUCCCACCACCACUGAAGCCGCCGUAGCAGCCGCCGAGGUCAAUGCCGAAACCAGCAGCUCUAGUGAAAAGCUUGAAGACAUCGCGAGUAGUACUGAAUUGGAGGUGAAAGAAGAGCCCUUUACAAGUGUCUGGGCCAUAAUGUAUGACUGGUGGAAUUGGAUGAUUGGUGGCUAUGCUCAGAACAAAAAUGCCGUUGGAGAACCUCGAACAUUUGGUGCAAUCAGACGUCUUCAAAUGGCCCUCAUCCCGAUGGCUUUUAAAUUUGGAUUCCUCUUUGCCAUGGUAAUGGCUCUAGUUUUUCUAGCUAUGAAAACUGUUGUCCUAUUGAAGUUAUUGCUUGUCAUGAAUGCAGCAGCCAUUUUUGCUAAACUAAUCCUUGCCAAAUCUGAACAUCAUUACCAACCGCCUUCACCUCCGUGGGCAGCCUACAAUGGAUGGCAUUAUGCACCGCCACCACCGGCUCAUCACGAUCAUCAUCAGUCUUGGCCUAUCGAAUCUUCGUCAAAUAAAGAAGUUCAUCUUCAUGUUCAUGGGGGUGGUGGUUUGGCAGGUCUACCUUGGCAAAGAUCAGAUAAUGUAUACACCAAUACAAAUAAUGUUCUUGAUAUUAAUUCAGCGAAUGAAUUAAAUAAUCAAGGUCCUUUGCCAUAUGUAAGAUCAACGCAAAAUCAAGCAAAUAGUUAUUAUGUGAAUGGUAAUAGUGGAUAGAUGUUGUUGGUUAUGUGGGUGUGUGAUUGGAUAAUCUAGAAGUAUACAUUAUACAAAAGGCCAAAAAAUAUAAACUAUACUUCAUUUUGAAGUUAAAAAUUAACUGUUCUGUACAUACAAAUUAAUAUUUAAAUUAAAAAAGAGAGGAAAAUUGAAAAACAAAUUUAUGAAUUGUUUUAAGUUUUUAAAUUAUUUAUUUUUAUUUUUAAGGAU